GUGUAUACUCCAUAUCGGAUACCCCAGGCCCCAGCCAAGCGCGUGCGCUGCCGUUGCCGUCGCGCGCCCCACCUCCCGUCCCCUCCGCAGCGCUCCGCUUCUUGGAGACCCAUCCAGCAUCUACCAUCACUGGCCCGUCCGUAACGGCGACACCUCCUCGUCCUCGGCUCCUGCUUCUACGGCGGUAGGUAGGUGCCGCGUCGGCGCGUCGCCUUCCUUCAACUGCGCCUGCCCGCACCGCAUCUCUUCUCCUUGCUCCAUCUCCCUACUGCUCCAGCUCCUAUCCUCUUGGCUCCGCCCGUCCGCGGUCCGCGUGUGUGCGCUCCAUCCUUCUCCACCACCUGUCGCCGGGCCAACCGCACCGCCCUCUGAUGACUGGGCCGGGCGAGGAGCUGGCCGAGCUGCUGUGGGACCGUGGCCCGGCGCUGCGGAGGGCGCCGCCGCCGUUCCAGCCCUUCACCUGCAGCGCCGCCGGCAGCAGCAGGUCGCAGGAGCUGAAGCGGCAUGCCUCGGACACCACCAAGGCGUCAGCGUUCGUGACCGCCGUCUCCGUCCCGCUGGGCACGCACGACGCCGGCUCCGGGCUCGGGCUCGCCGGCCUCCCCGUCCACGACGACGACGACGCCGUGCCGUGGUUGCAUUGCCCCGUCGCCGACGACGGCGACGGCGACACGGCGCCGCUGCCGCCGGAGUUCUGCGCCGGCCUCCUGUCCGAGUACUCGGAGGUGGCCGCGCCGGCGCCGGCCUUCCACGCCGCGGCCACGCCGCCGGCCGAGGCCGCGGCCAACAAGCUGGCCCCGCCGAGCGCCGCCGGCGGAGGGGAGGGCGUCUUGAACUUCACCUUCUUCUCGCGGCCCCUCCAGCGACCGCAGGCGGCGGCGGCGCCCGCCGCCGCGGCCGCGAGCAACCCCGUCGAGUCCACGGUCGUCCAGGCGGCAGCGAACCGGCUGCGGAGCACGCCGCUGUUCUCCGAGCAGAGGAUGGCGUGGCUGCAGCCACCCAAGGCGCCGCGCACCACAGCGGCAGCGGCGGCGCCACCUCCUCCUCCGCUGGCGCCUCUGCUCCCAGAUAGCCGCCAUGGGGAGACGGUCGGCACGGUAGCUCAACCUCAGCCCCGGUCGCAACCAGAAGCAAGACCUCCGGAUGCGGCGGCGGUGACGACCUCUUCGGUCUGCUCCGGCAACGGUGGUCGGAGCCAGCUCAAGAGGAGCCGCCACCUGGCCGCGGACUGCUCGGUCAGUCCGGACGAGGUAGUAAUAGCAUGCCCGACCAGGCGACCACGCUCGCCACUGCACCCAUUGAUCCAAUCCAAUAUCCCCGCGCCUCCAUCCAUGUAUCCUUUCUCCUAUCUGCAGGACCUGGACGACGAGCCCGGCGCGACGAGGAGGUCGGCGGCGCGGAGCGCCAAGCGCUGCCGCACCGCCGAGGUGCACAACCUGUCGGAGAGGAGGAGACGGGACCGGAUCAACGAGAAGAUGCGCGCCCUGCAGGAGCUCAUUCCCAACUGCAACAAGGUCGACAAGUCGUCGAUGCUGGAGGAGGCGAUCGAGUACCUGAAGACGCUGCAGCUGCAAGUGCAGAUGAUGUCGAUGGGGACCGGGCUGUGCAUGCCACCGGCGGCGAUGCUGCUGCCAGCGAUGCAGCAGCAGCUCCUGCACCACCACCCCAUGGCGCACUUCCCCCAUCUCGGCAUGGGCCUGGGCUUCGGCAUGGGCGCGGCGGCGGGGUUCGACAUGCUCCCGUUCCCGUGCGUCGCGGCCGGCGCCCACUUCCCGUGCCCGCCGGGGGCCAUGUUCGGCGUGCCGGGGCAGGCGAUGCCCUCGCUGCCGGCGGCGUUCGCUCACAUGUACGGCGCUGGCAGUGGCGCCGGGCCGGCUGGGCAGACGGAAGCUGCUGAUGCGGCUGCUCCUGCACGGCCAGGAGAGGCAGAGCAGGGUGAUCAGCAGGUGCAGCACGCGAAGCAGACGUGAUGGCGAAGGCGACGAGGCGGCUGCCCCCCGAACAUUCCCGUUUGGUUUUAUGGUGAUUAUGAGAAUCUACCCAUCAAAAUCUGCUAAGAGAGAGCCAAACAAACAGGAUAUUACACCUUGGAUUCUGUGCAUUAUCUCACAAUCAAGGUUCAAGUUGAUUUUCUUGGUUAAUGUGUAGAAUCCAAAAAUCGGAACCAAACGGCACAGAGUCCUUUCUUUUGGUUGCUCUGGUGUUAGGUGAGAUGAUAAGAGAUGCGCGCGCAUGCAUGAAGUGUUUUUUACCCAGCUAGCCGGCUAGCCUGCUAUACCUUGCCUCGUAAACUGUAGGAGAAUGUAGAGGAACGCUUGUUUUCACCCAUGAGACUGGUCUUUGAUGUUUCAUGAGCAGAAAACGCCGUCCCCUGCACGGAAGCUGGCCAUCAAGAUUCAAGAAUUGACAUGGUGGUGUUUGGUUAAGUAUUUAUAAUUUGAUAGGUAACUGAUAACACUAAACUAUGUUUGUAUAAGUCCAAUCGUAAUGAAAUAUUCCCUCCGUUUCGUUUUA